AUGUUCAAUCUACACCGCAUCACCUGCCUUCGGGCUUUUCUUGUUGCCCUAGCGCUUGGGGCCAAUGCUGCACCCAUUGCUAAUGAAAUCGUUAGCCGUGACGAUGCAGGCCCUGAGGUGUUCCCGAUUCCUCAGCAGAUCGCGUUCACCGGUGGGAAAGUCUCACUUGCGGGUGAUGUUACCGUCGUGACCGACAACUUUACGGACUCUGCCACGAUCGACACGAUCAAGAAGGUCGUGGCUGCCGCCGGCGGUAAAGUGGUUAUCGCAUCCAAGCCCAGCGACAAGGGUACACAGAUUUUCGUUGGCACCGAAAAGGACUCUAGCCUCGCUGUCGCUGCAGCCAAGGCUCUGGCGGACAAGUCUGCGGAUGGCCUCGAUGCCGACGGCUACGCUUUGGCAUGUGGUCAUUACGAGACACUGCCAACCAUUGUCCUAAAUGGUGUAGAUACACGCGGCACUUUCUACGCCUCACAAACUCUCCGUCAACUUCUCGAUGGUGCUGACAUUCCCGGCGUCAAGAUGCACGACUGGCCGCUUAUGUCUAUUCGUGGCUCGAUUGAGGGUUUCUAUGGUGUUCCAUGGUCUCACGAGGCACGCCUCGAACAGCUUGUCUACUACGGAAAGCACAAGAUGAACACCUAUGUGUACACGCCUAAGGAUGACCCACUUCUCCGUGCUAAAUGGCGCACUCUUUACAGUGGUGAUGAGUUGACUCAGCUCAAGGAGCUUGUCACCACUGCCAAUGCUAAUCAUGUCGACUUCACCUAUGCUCUCUCGCCUGGCUUGAGCGUAUGCUACUCGUCCGACGAGGACUUCGACGCUACUGUCGCUAAGUUUGACCAGCUACGUGACUUCGGUGUCAGCAGCUUCUAUAUUGCUCUCGAUGAUAUCGGCCUCGAGUUCCAUUGCGAUGCAGACAAGGCGAAGUGGCCCAAGACCGAGAAUGACGAAUGGAUUGCGGAUGCACAGGCCUUCUAUCUGAACCGCGUCCAGACCGAGUACAUCGAACCUAACAAUCUCAAAGACCUUGACACCGUCCCGACCAACUACGCUGGCAGUGCAUCAUCCCCGUACAAGACAGAAUUCGGUACUAAGCUAAACAAGAAGAUUCGCGUUCAGUGGACCGGUGAAGGAGUCUUCAGCAAUGAGAUCACAGUCGACAGCGUCGUCAAAGCCGACGAGAGCUACGUCACCGACAACCUCUUCUUAUGGGAUAAUUUCCCAGUCAACGAUGGCAACCGCGACCGUUUGUUCUUCAACCCUCUCACCAAGCGUGCCGCUGAACUAUACAAGCACCUUCUUGGAUUCACCUCGAACCCGAUGAACCAAGCUUUCGCCUCUAUGGCCUCGCUCGCAAACUACGCCGACUAUACAUGGAACGGACCCAAGUACGACGCCACCAAGUCUAUGGAUGCAAGCCUCUGGGAGCUGUCCGGCAGUGACACCACCGUCCACAAUGCAGUCAUCGCUUUCACCGAUCUCAACCAAAACUGGCCAUACCAAGACCCCGUUACCAAUGCGCCCCAGCUUAGCAAGGACAUUGAAGCUUUCUGGGCUGCUCGCAAAGCCGGAAACAGCGACGGCACUAAGGCGUUGAAGGAUCGCCUUGCACUGAUUAUCACCAUUCCCGACGUUCUCCCCAAAAUGGCUACCAAGGGCUUUGCUACUGACGUGGCACCCUGGUCAACUCUUGCUAAGCAGUGGGCGACUGCCUGCCAGCACUUGAUUUCUAUGCUCGAGGCGCUCGAUGCCAAGGAUCAAAGUAAGGCAGAUGCCGAGUUCAAUUCUGCCAAGGAGUGGGUUGAGAAGACGAAGGCUAAGACUGUUGAUGACCGUAAUGGAGACGGUGAAGACCUUCCUAAGUCGAUCGUCCCGACAACAGGUGAUAAGGCGUUUGACAAGUUCCUCGCUGAUGCGACGGCUAUUUACAAUGGUAACUAG